GAUAUUUGACUCGAGACUUUUCAAUACCUCGAGAUAGAGAUGUUUAUGAAAUCUCUCGUUCUCAUAAUUAGCUGAGAGAAAUUUUGCCGUCAUAUUUCGAAAUUGAAAUUUUAAUGAAUCAGUUAAUUUAAAGAUUUGCUGUUUGAAAUUUAAAAAAAAUGAAAGACGCUUCUUUAGAUGUCUCUAUAAAAAGCUAUAAGCAAUCAAAAGGAGGCAUAAAAUUUGAGUUGGUGCUUUCUGAUUUGUCAAGUAAAGCGCCAACAUUUUCCUCGCCUGCCAGAAAAGUUUUAUCUCUAUCGGAUAUUCAGGAACGACUGCAUGCAGCCGAAAAACGACGCCAAUCAAGAAUAUAUAAAUUGGUGAGAAAAAUGCUUGAGAGGCAAAAUUAUGUGCAAGAAGUGAGGAAAAAGCGAAUGAGAACCAUGAAGAAUUUCAAAAAGAACAUUCUAGAAAGAUACGAUAAGAAAUUAGAAGCGGUUUUGAGAAACAGAGCUGAAUACCUGAAUUCUAUACGGAGAAAAACUAGAGAAUUGUCUGUGAAAACGACGGGGAAUGUUAACGUAAAGCACAAGGCAGAAGAAAAUAGAUUCGCUUGCUCAGAACGCAUGAAACUGAAGAAAUAUCAGCCACCUGAUCAUCAAAAUUCUAAAGUGGACGAGUUGGCUAUGUGUAUGAAAAGUCUUGAUCUUUAUCUGAAGAAGAAUUUGGCAUUCGAUAUGCAAGAUCUGAAAUUUCGUUUUGACAAGCAAAAUGGUAUGAUAGAAGAGCUAGGACAACGCAUCGAGAAUCUAACGUCUUUAGUCAAAAGUCAUUGGCCAACGCAAAGGAAUGAAAACACAUCGUAAUGAAUUUUUUUAUACAGUUGCUGUACUUCGUUUAAUAAAUUAAAGUAAUAAUAUGUGUAGACUACCUUAGAAUUGCUGUUAAGAUAAGCAUUUACACUUUCAUCGAGGCAAUCCUUUAAAACUUUUUUUAUUUUUUUAAAGAAAAUAAUCAAUUGCAACGUUCUCUAAUGCAACAACAGAGCACAACGAAUACUCUUGGAAGAUGAGUUUUGUCGUCCGUCUCGAUUAAAGAUUUAUGAAUGUA